UGCAGGUGAUGGGAGUAGAGGAUGACAGUAGAGCUCUGAUCAUAAAAAUUCACAAGCCUGCAUCAAAUCCGCAUUCGAAGCCCUUCCCUAUUCUUCAAGCUACAUUCAUUUUUUCUGAUCACAUUCGCUGCAUUAUUGCAAAACAACGUCUUGUAAAAGGUCGUAUCCAAGCUCGGCGCAUGAAGAUGCAGAGAAUAGCAGCUCUCCUGGAUCUUCCUAUUCAAUCUGCAACUGAAGGCUUUAUGGGUUUUGGACACAGCUCUGCACACCUCCCGUUUAGGUUUUAUGAUCAGUCACGACGUGGUAGCAGUGAUCCUACGGUGCAACGCUCUGUUUUUGCAUCUGUUGACAAAGUUCCAGGCUUUGCCGUAGCCCAGUGUAUCAAUCAGCACAACCCAUCACCAGUGUCCUCACCAUCACCUUCCAGCGGCAGUGGGAGUACAGGGCGCUGUGAUUCGGUGACGGCAAGCUCAACAUCCACUCCUUCUGCUGCACAGAGCCCAUCAGUAAGGUCUGGCAGGAAAGGACGUCGGCGGGUGUUUAGUCUGUCGGAGGCUGACAGUCACGGUGGACACUGGGUUUAGGUCUUCAAGCAGCAGCUGCAACAGAAACUCCCGCAAUAUCCAUUCAGAUGACGCCUCAGCUGUAGAGCAGCCUCAGAUGACCAUUUCUGGUCAGACGAUGUUGACUGAUGAAACUCUUUCAGCUGUCUCAAAGUCUACUAAGAACACUGUAAAAAACAGUGACGUGGAAACAACAAACCUGUCUCCUAGCCUGAUUCCUGCGCAGCAGCCCACGAUAUCGUUAAUAACAGACGAC